AUGCUUGUACCAUCCGCUGCUGCGCUUUCUCUUCUUGCGAUCCCCGUUGCUCAUGGCUGGGGCACCCUCGGCCACGCCACCGUGGGCGCAAUAGCAGAUCACUACCUCACAGCGCAAGCAAAGAGCUGGGUCUCGACCAAACUUGAUGGCGCUACUAUGGCAUCAGUCGCAUCGUGGGCGGACACCUAUCGAUACACUACGGCAGGGAGAUUCAGUGCGCCAUACCACUUCAUCGACGCUGAAGACUCUCCACCGUCCGCCUGCUCCGUCAAUCUGAAUCGCGACUGUGGCGCUGGUGGCUGCGUCGUCUCCGCCAUAGCCAACUACACUCAGCGGGUGCAGGACGGCCGAUUGACCCAUGAAAACUCAAAAGAGGCCCUCGAGUUCCUAAUCCACUUCAUCGGCGACGUGACGCAGCCGCUCCACGACGAAGCCGAACAAGUAGGCGGGAACGACAUCCCCGUCACUUGGGACGGGGCAACCACAAACCUGCACGCUUGCUGGGAUACGCAGAUGCUCGAGAAAGCGGCAGGCGGCGGCAACACCUCGGCCACGCUCUCCAGCUUCUCUGCCACAUUGAUCGGGCGGAUCGAUAGCGGGAGUUAUAGCGGGCAGAAAGCGAGCUGGUUGAGCUGUAGCAAUAUUAAGACGGCGAGCGCGUGCGCGCUGGCGUGGGCGCAGGACGCGAAUGCGUUUAAUUGCCAAUAUGUGCUGAAGACGGAUGAGAAUGGGAAGGAGCUGGAUGGGACUUAUUACACGGGUGCGGAGCCGAUCAUUGAGAUUCAGAUUGCAAAGGCGGGGUAUAGAUUGGGGGAUUGGAUCAAUAAGAUGGCGGCGGCGAAUCCGUGA